GGCGAGCAGAGGCCUCCCGGAUGGGGUCCGAAGGGAAGGGGGGCGGAGGAGGCGGAGAAGGGGGGGACAUGGCAGCCUGGAAAUGGGCACCAGGAUGGCCACGGCGCAGCCCUCCAAAAAAAAACCGGCGCCUGCUGCUCCGGCCUGCGUCGCGCGGCCAGCCCAGCGCGCGCGGGGAAGAGGGUGCCCGUGGCCGCGGCGCCGCACGGGCGCUACGGCCCCGAGCGAGGAGGCGGGCGGGCGCACGCUCGAGAGAGCGGCCCUCGCCUCCCGCGCGACGCAGCUCGAGGCGGUCCCCCAGACGGCGCAGGGAAAGGGCGGGGAGCAGGGAGGAGGGAGCGGGGAGGAGGAGGAGGAGGAGGAGGAGGAGGAGGAGGAGGAGGGAGAGCACGCCCGUCGCUCCGAGGGCGGCCCGCAGGGGAGGCGCAGGCUCGCCGCCGCUGCUGCUCCUGCGGCGCCCGGCGCCUCCCACGGUGGCGAGGCGGGCGGAGGGCAGCGGCGGUCCCCGCCGCCCGCCUCGCGGAGAGCCUCCAGGAUGGCCACAGACAAUUGCACCGUGGCAGCGAGACGCUGCACUGAAGGCUCGCUGGCACUCCUGUCGGGAGCGGCCAAGAGGGGGGUGUCCAAGA